AUGGAGUUCCCGUUUGAUGUGGACGCGCUGCUCCCGGAGCGGAUCACGGUGCUGGACCAGCACCUGCGGCCCCCGGCCCGCCGACCCGGAACCACAACGCCGGCCCGUGUUGAUCUGCAGCAGCAAAUAAUGACCAUCGUAGAUGAAUUGGGCAAAGCCUCUGCUAAGGCCCAGCAUCUUCCUGCUCCUAUCACCAGUGCAUCAAGAAUGCAAAGUAACCGCCAUGUUAUUUAUGUGCUCAAAGACACUUCAGCCAGACCGGCUGGGAAGGGAGCCAUUAUUGGUUUCCUUAAAGUUGGAUACAAGAAACUCUUUGUACUGGAUGAUCGUGAGGCUCACAAUGAGGUAGAACCACUUUGUAUCCUGGAUUUUUACAUCCAUGAGUCUCUGCAGCGUCAUGGCCAUGGGCAAGAGCUCUUUCAAUAUAUGUUACAGAAGGAGCGAGUGGAACCACACCAACUGGCCAUUGACCGACCCUCGCAGAAGCUGCUGAAGUUCCUGAAUAAGCACUACAACCUGGAGACUACUGUCCCACAGGUGAACAACUUUGUGAUCUUUGAAGGGUUCUUUGCCCAUCAACACCGGCCCCCUGCUCCCUCUCUGAGGGCAACUCGACACUCUCGUGCUGCUGCGCUCGACCCCACACCUGCUGCUCCAGCAAGGAAGCUGCCACCCAAGAGGGCAGAAGGAGAGAUUAAGCCAUACUCCUCCAGUGACCGAGAAUUUCUGAAGGUAGCUGUGGAGCCCCCUUGGCCCCUAAACAGGGCCCCUCGCCGUGCCACACCUCCAACGCACCCACCCCCACGUUCCAGCAGCCUGGGGAACUCACCAGAUCGGGGUCCCCUCCGCCCCUUUGUGCCAGAGCAAGAGCUGCUGCGUUCUCUGCGCCUCUGUCCUCCCCACCCUACUGCCCGCCUGCUGCUGGCCACCGACCCUGGGGGCAGCCCAGCUCAGCGUCGCCGCACCAGGGGGACUUCCCCAGGGCUGGUAGCCCAAAGCUGCUGCUACAGCCGCCAUGGGGGACUGAAUUCCACAUCCCUCAAUAAAGGCAACCAGGGAUCGAAGCAGGGGGAACGGGAAACAGAGAAUAGGUCUGCCAAUCAGAAGCAGGUCUUGUCACAGGAUGGGUCUGCGGAGGAACCCACGCACACAGUUCCUCCACAGGCCCAGGCUCCACAGGCCCCACAGGCCCCACAAGCCCAGUCUCCUCCAGCCCCGUCCUGGACAGUGGGUAGGGGCAUGUUCAACGCCAGGUUCAUUCGACACUUGCAGGAAUUUCGCGGCACCAGGCCCUGGUGAGCACAGGCGCCCCACUCCCCACACUUUGAAAGUCAGUGUAAUUUUUCCUUCACUAAAGGAUACAGACAAGCCGAAAUCU